AAGGUUUGUUGCAUACUGAUGACGUUGUUAAGCUGGUAUUCAAUGAGGUGGGUUUGGUGAAGCAAACUGGCCCACUGAAAUGGAUUUUUGAUGAACUGAAGCAGUUGCAAGAAAUAAAAUUCCGUUUUAAGGAUAAAGAAAACCCAUUGAAUUACGUUACGCAUAUUUCCUCAGAAUUGCAACGGAUACCGUUCGAAGAUGUAAUUUGCGCGGAUUAUAAGAUGGACCUGUACAAACCAGAUUUGAUAAAAGAAUUAAUCGAACAAAUCAGACCUGAAAAUAUGUUUUAUGCAGUGAUUUCACAACAAUACGCUGGCAAGAAGGGUAAUGUAAAAGAAAAAUGGUACGGGACAGAGUAUAGUAGUACAAAAAUUGACAAGGAGGUUUUAUCGAAAUUCAAUGAUGCACUAGUUCAGAUACCAGAUUUUUUGAGCUUGCCAGCCAAAAAUGACUACAUUGCAACCAAGUUUGAUCUGAAACCACGAGAAGAAACCAAAAAAAUACCAUAUCUUGUCGCGAAUAACGAUUGGUGUCGGUUAUGGUUUAUGCAAGAUAAUGAUUUCAAGCUGCCAAAGUUAAGUACACGAAUAGCUUUCAAAUCACCGAUGAUGCAGUCAGAUCCACUUAAUGCUUAUCUUUCUGCAAUGUUCGUCAUCUGCUUACAGGAUGCUAUUAGUGAAGAAACUUAUAACGCACAUCUUGCUGGGCUGAAAUCAGUGUUCGAUUUGCAAUCCUAUGGCAUUACUUUACAUGUAUCAGGUUAUGAUGAAAAGCAACCGAGAUAUAUCAAUGAUUUAAUUCAGCGCUUUAUCACUUUUGUGCCAGAUGAGGAACGGUACAAAGUAUUGAAAGAAACGUUUUGCCGAAAUUUGCGAAAUUUUCGUCAAAGUCAACCAUAUAUGCAAUCUCAUUAUUAUACUACGUUAUUACUUGGUAACCGACAAUGGAGCAAAGAGGAAAUAUUGGCUUGCGCUGAAAAUUGUGGAGUUGAAAAGUUACAAAAAUUUGCACGUGAAUCAUUACAAGCUUUGCAGAUUGAAGCACUCAUUUAUGGUAAUAGCACAGAAAAAGAGUCUGCCAAAAUUCUCCAUGAAGUUGUGUCGAAGUUUAAAGAACUUCCAGAUACGCGACAUCUCUUUGCUAGCGAAUUGGAUCAGUGUAGAGAGUAUGAAAUUCCAAAAGGAUGUCAAUACGUAUACAAAGCAUUUCAACCAACGCAUCCAAAUGCAUCCAUCAAUUAUGUUAUGCAAACAGGUCAACAAGAUACCCGAGAAAAUGUUUUGCUGGAAUUAGUUGUGCAGCUGGCUGCUGAACCUGCUUUCAAUCAGCUUAGGACUACGGAACAAUUAGGUUAUAUUGUUCACACGGGAGCUAGGCGAAAUAAUGGUGUUCAAGGAAUUGAAUUACUAAUUCAGGGACAACAUAUUCCGGAACAUAUGGAGGAAAGGAUCGAAAAUUUCCUCUCUGAUCUCGAAAAAAUGUCCGAUGAUGAAUUUUUGGACAACGUUGAAGCACUUGCAACCAAACGUCUCGAAAAGCCAAAGACAAUGAAAGCUCAAGCGAGCCGUUAUUGGGCUGAAGUUGAUAAUGGAUUUUAUUUGUUUGAAAGAAAUGAUAUUGAGGUGCCCAUACUACGAAAGCUAACUAAAGCAGAUGUUAUUGAAUAUUUUGACAAACAUUUUGCGGUAAAUUCUUCGGAAAGACGAAAACUUUGCACAAUGGUUUACGCUAAUACCGAAACUGAUGAAACAGUUUCGAAACGCGAAUGUGAUGCUUUUGGUGAUGCAAUACAGUCUCCUGAGCGGAUAAAUGAUAUAAGAUUAUUCAAAUCUCGGUUAUCACUUUAUCCAUUACCGCAACCAGCAAUCGAUAUUAAUACACAUGUUUCGGGGCAAGAAAAAUGCGGUCAAUAG